AUGCAAUUCUCAACUACUUUAAUCUUAUCAGCUAUCUUUGUUGCAGUCAAUGCCGCUGAUUCAUCAUCAGGUGGUGUUUUAGCAAAAGCUACUUCAGCUGUUUCAUCAGGAGUUUCAUCAGUUACUGGUGGUGCUGCCUCAUCAGCUUCAUCAAAAGCUUCAUCAGCUACCGGUGGUGCUGCUUCAUCAGUUUCUUCAGCUGCUGCUUCUAAAGUUUCAUCUGCUACUGGUGGUUCAAAAAACAAUGCUGAUAUUGCAGGUGUUGGUGCUGGUUCAUUAGCUGCAAUUGCUGGUUUAUUAUUAUUAUAA